AUGGCAGACUCGUCUGACAGCUCGGACGAAGAGUUCGAGUUCCGUGACCCGGUCACAGGCGAAGUCGUUCUGCCACGGAGCACCCUCCCCACCUCUUCGUCGAACGGAUCCAAAUCAGCGGCUCCUCCGUCCUCGUCGACUGCGCGAAAACCUACUACAGUCGGAGCUUGGGCAACGCCGUCGAACAGCCAACCUCGAGCGGGACCGAGCGGGAGUCAACGAGGGAGGGACGUCGGAGGGAGCGGCAGCGUUCAAGCGCAAGGUCAGCGGCGCAGACAGUCUACGGGCGGUGCGAAUGAGCAGCCCCAGACAGGUGGUGCGGUUGCGACUGCCAACGUCUCCAACGGCUUUAAGAAGCGGGCGACGCAUGUUAUCUCCCUGAGCGAUACUUCGGACGAGUCGGCAGGCGAGGCGACAGCAGCAGGGCGAGACCGGGUCGCGAACGGACGUCGACAGCAGGCAGCUACGCCCUUGGCGAACGGCAACGUUGCGACGGCACAUUGCUCGUCUUCCCGUCUUGAGCGGGCGGAUCGUCAACAGGCUGCUUCGAGCGAGGACGAACUCGCGAUCCGUCCUGCAUCGGCUCGCCGGCCUUCGCACCUUCUGAAGCGUCCUCGUCAAUCGGCCCCUGCCGCUCCCGCGAUCCAUACAAACGGCGCCGACGCAGCCGCUACCGCAGCGAAGCGUGCUUCGCGACCUCCGGACGGUGCAGGCCGAGCGACAACGUCUGACAUUGGCCCGAACCCCGGCUCGACAUCGGCACACUCGUCAAACCCGACACGAAGAUGGUCCGACGCUUCGAAGCAGACUGCGUCAGCGGGCGCAGUGUCGAGACAAGCGACCGACGCGACGCCUCGCGCUGGACCUUCGACUUCGAGGGCUGAUGCGCCAGCUCAACCGGGACCGUCGAGGCAGAAUCCUCCCGCAUCCGACCGGCGGAAAUUCAUGUCGACGUCCAGCGCGGCGUUUCCGGCAGUACCACCUAGUUCGUCAGCUUCGCCGAAUUAUCGAAUGCCUGCAGCAUUGCGAAAAGCGCUUGGCCAGUCGUCGCCGAACGGAGCGGCUCUUAACGGACGCUCGCCCCCUUUGACAACCAACAACCUCGCUUCGAGUGUCUCGCCCACAAGCGCAGCUGCGCCUUCGACGAGCCGGAUUGUCAAGCCGAAACCGAUCCUUCCAGCUCCGCGUUCAGCCUUCAACCGCCCUCCCGAGGAUCACUCCGCACCUCGGCAAGCACCUCGACAGCAACCCGCCGCUUCCUCCUCGUCUGCGGCUCCAGCACUUUCUGGCGCCGCUCGGAACGAUGCGCGCCAGGCGAAUGACGAUCAGCUUCCUCUCAACGGUCGGCCCGAUCUUGAAAACCGGCAGUCUGCAACGGCGUCUCAAGCUGGCGUUGCAGGAGCGCCUGCACGAGCGAAAGACACGGGCGACGACUCCGACAUCGAGAUCCUCUCGGAAGUGCCUGCUAUCGCCGCCGUCGGGAACGCCGCACCCGCUUCGCAAGGUUUGGCCGGGAGCGUCUCUUCAAGAUCGCCUAUACCGCAACGAGCCGCUGAGCCCGAUAGCUCACGGUCGCCUACCCCUGUUCCGCGUCACGAGCGGAAUCUCGGCUUCGCCGGCAGUUCGAGCCCAGGAACAGGACAAGUGGGCGACCAGCUCGAGGUCCAGGCUGGCCUCCUCGCUGACGAGGAAGACAACGAGGACGAGCAGGAUAAGCGCGACGGGGUGCCUCUGCGGCGUCAGUACAGUCGCGUCGUUCCCGAUUCGGACGAGGAAGCCGCCGGACCCUCCGCGCCAGUGCUCGGCCAGCUGCCCGCCGCACCCCGCUUGAACGUCUCGCUCGUCGGGAACGCAAAUAGUGGGUCCUCUAUCAAGGCGCCUCGUCGGUCGCAUCAAGUCGCCCGCGCCAUGUCAGGCGGCUUCACCGCUCGCAAGUCCACAACCCUUAGCCGGCCGCAGUCGACCAUCCCAGCCCCAGUGCAGGCCGACGAGGAUCACUUGCAAGGCUUGCCUGCCUCAGCGACGGACAAGCCCGCGCAAGUUGACGAACCCACCGACGGUUCAUCACCGGCGCAGCCAGCACCUCCAGCACAGUUGGUUGUCAAGGAGCAAGCUCGGCCCGUUCAGUCAGCGCCUCGACCAGGAGUUGCGAAAAAGUCGGCUGUCCUGACGCGACCACAGCCAGCGACUCCUGCACCACUGAAACCGGCGCCUGCCCCGUCCUCGUCGAAAAGGGUCGCCGAAGGGCCACCGUCUGAUGCGUCCGAUGCAGCGAACCGGUCGAAGCGACCUCGACGGGCUGCGGCCGCAGCAGCAGAUGCCGCGAACGGGAAAAGCGCUCAGAAGGCUCGCAAGACGCCUCGCCAACGGGCGGAAACUACGGCGGCAUCUUCCGUCGCGCAAGUCCUGGGGCCUAUCGCCAUUGCCGGAGACGACGCCGGUAAACAGACCAACGAGAUGCUGCAAGCUACCAGUCGAGCGGAUAUGCAAAUGCGAGCCGAGGAGUUCGUUCGUCGACAACAAUUUGAGCAACCGUGGAACCGCGUCAUCGCAGGACCGUCUUACGACCGUCUCGACGAGUUCAGCACCGACAUUCAGGACGCCGUCAACCGCCGGGAGAGACGCUUCGCCGAACUGCAUCCUGACGAGCUUCCAGUCCGCGUCCAGUACAAGGAGAUGUUUGAGCAGAUGAUCCUCGAGGCCAACAGCAAGGAAUAUCCGCCGACGGCGCCGGGCGCUCGUCCGAAGAUCCGCGUUUGCGGGCCUGCCGACGCGCCGCCCGAAGCAUGGUCCAGCCCGCCUUUCGAGUUCGUCUACACGAACCGAAUCGUCUACGAUGCCGAUAUCGUCCCCGUCCAAGCGCCCGGUUGCGGCUGCACCGGUAGCUGCGGAGAGUCGGAGAAUCGCAAGUCUUGCAGCUGCCUGCACCGGCAGAUCGCGGCGUCGAAAACGAGGGUCGGCGGGAGUAAACGUUCGGACCGGCAAGACUUCGCGUACGACCGCGAUUCGUGCCUCUUCGACGAUGUCUUGAGCUUGCAAGAUCCCAUUAUCGAGUGCAACUCGCAAUGCGGCUGCGGACCUGAGUGCAUCAACCGAGUUGUCGGUCAACGCAAGGGUAUAAGCGUCGACAUCUUCUGGACGGGGAUCGCUGGUUGGGGCGUUCGUCUCUCGAAGGACUACGAGGGCGAUCUCGUCAACGGGAGCCACCUCAGCUCAAGGGUCAAGCGGGGUGCGCCUCUCGCUGUCUACGCCGGCGAGCUGAUGCGGUCGCCCGAAGCAUACGCUCGAGACGAUCUCGUGUAUUCCUACAUCGAGCGGAACUAUAUCUAUGACCUCGACCAUUGGACCAUCGGCGAGGAGAUCAAGGCUCACGCGCCUGCUGCCAUCACCAAGAAGCUCGCUAUCGCCGCACCCGAAGCUUCACACAAGAUCACCUCUCCGGGCAAGACCAAGGUCAAGGGGAAGAGCGCUGACGACCUGCCUGUGAGCGCCAACUUGCCCUUCGACAUCGAGGGGUUCUCGUCCUUCUACUCGAUAGACGCGUAUAACUACGGCAACUGGACCCGCUUCGCCAACCACGUCUGCGAGGGUUUCAACGUCGUGCCGCGUCCGGUCUACGUCGAUGAGGGUGAUGUCACGCGGCCACUCUGGGUCUACUUCGCGAGCAAGCACAUCCUCCCCGGCGAGGAGAUCAACAUAUCGUACUUCGGCGAGAGCGAGCCCAAUCCGCAAGAGUACGGCAUGACGGACGCCGAGUGGGUCAUCGCGGCCAACAAGCAACGCGCAGAGGCGCCCGCAGCUCAUCGCUGCUACUGCGGUAAGCGUCUUUGCCGCGGUCGCAUGUUCCACGUCUCCGGCGAGAUGUUCUGGGAGAAGCGCGAGGCAGAGAAGUGA